AUGGACGAGUUAAAGAAGUUUGAUCGUUAUUGCUAUGAGAUGCAACAAGUUACCAAACAGGAAGAAGCUUUGCACUCGCCGAAAAUGGCUAUGAUUCGAAAAAAGUGAGUAAAUUAGAAAAAUAUAUGUUUUCCAACAAAAACGUGAAAAAAUCGUUUAGGCUUCGUAAAAUGUUGAUUUCAAUAAUCGAGAAUUCUGAAGAUGAUAUUAGUGUACGUAUUGAAAACUUCUGGAAAGUCUCAUACUAUUUGCCAAUCAAUCGAUUCUUGAAAAAUGUUGACAAAUCAGAAGAAUCUUCAACAACAUUGAUAACAAUGUUUUGUGGAGAAUUGCAAGAAUUGCAAAUAUUGGUAACAAAUGAGAAAUAUUCGGCACUCUUCAAUUUGUAUUUGGGCGAUCUUCAUCGAUAUAUGGAAGAGUUUGAAGAUGCGGAAUUGUAUUAUGCAAAAAGUAUUGAAAUUGACAGUAGAAAUGGGAGAGCUUUCAAUAUGUUAGCAAUGGUGAAAAAACAAGAAUUAUACAAUGAAAAGCUUCGACUCUUUUUGCUUGCUCUUCUCGCUGAACAACCAUAUAAACAAGCAUCGAAAAAUCUCGAAGAUCUCAUUUCAAAAAUCGAAUUGGUAGAAAACAAGGAGAAUAUCGAGAAAAAUCUAGCCGAUUUCAUUUUCUGGGUUCUUUUCGAUGUUUCGUCAAACAAAGCAGAUCAUAAUAAAAGUGGAACUGGUCUUUUGAAAACAAUCGAGGAUAUUGAUGAUCCCGAAAUUCUUCAGAUUUUCAUUCUAACUUUUCGUGUCUCAAAAGGAUCUUAUAAUUUUAUUCAUGUUUUGAAUAUAAUGAUCGAUCUUUUCCUCGGAUUUCAGGUCUGUUUUCUUUUUUUGAGAGAGAAAGGGAAUGGGAAUUUUAAAAUUUUCAAUUGAAAUAAAGAUUUCAGAACCCUUCUAUCGAAAUUCUCUGCAUUAUAUGCGAAUUCAUCCACGCGGCAAGCGAAAUUCUCGGAGAUUUUGAAAAUUCGAAAAAAGUUUUUGACACUUUACCAAUCUUCACGGAAAAUGUAAGAUUUUGAUGCCUAUCACCAUUCAAUUCGAAUUUUUGCAGAAAUGGGAAAAGUUAUGCGAAUUGACUUGCAAAGUUUUGAACUCGAAAGAAAUCGAUAUGGAUUCAGAAGAAUGUCAAAAUCUUGAAGAAUUGAAUCUCAUUCAUAGUUUAAGAAAAACAACAAAAACAGUGGAUAUUUUGAAGUUUUGGGCGCAAAGAAUUUGCGAAACAACAUCGCCACAUUUCGAAUAUAAAAAUGGAAAAUUCGAGAAAAUUUCGCAAAGUAAUCAUAGAAAAUUGGAUUUGCCCAAGGAACUCGAAACGGUAUUUAUUUUAAUUUUAAGGAAUUCUGGGGGAAAAUAAGAAAUUUUUAUUUUCAGAUGAAAAUUUGUGGUUUCCAUGAAAAUGAAAAACCAAUCUAUCUUUUGUUCGACCUCGAUUCGAUAUCUCAAAAUUUGUUUUUUUCGCUGAAAAUCUGGCAAUUCAGCGAGUUUAUAUGUGCAAUUUCAUCGAAAACUUUUGCCGAGUUGGAUAGAUUGAAGGUAAAAUUGAGGAAAAGGGAAUUUAUCACGAAAACUGCGUGAAAAAUAGGAGGUUGAGAAAGUCAUGAAAAUAUUUUUUAAAUGCAAUUUUUGAAAUCUUAAAUUUUCUGUAACUCGUAUUUUCAUCCAAUCCAUAGAUUUUCAUAGAUCAGCUCACAAGGAAAGGUUUUCAAUGUUCCCCCAAGGAAAAAAUCGAGAGUAUGUGGAAUGUUGAGGGUUCCCAUGGGUAAGAAAAACCCUAACGGGAAUAAGGAGAAAAAUGCCUUGUUUUAGAAAAUUUUGGUGUUAUUGAUUUUUGCGAUGAAAUUUUUUAGAAAAAUCGAAACUUUUUUCAAAAUUGAUGAAAAAUGUCAGUCUAAAAAUCCAUUUGUAGCGCAAACGGCGUACUUUAGUGUUACUUCGACUAAAAUUAGGAAUAAAAUAAUUUUGGUCCCAAAAGUCCACUAAAUCAAAAAUCCAGUUUGAAAAAUUCAUAGAAAAUCAACGUUUUCGUUGUGAAGGAGAAGUUUGUGUGAAUCGAGACUAUGAUUUUCGGAUUAUACGGACCAAAUUACGUCUGUUGACCGUCAUAAAUUUUUCAAGUUCCGUUCAUUUGAAAAUGGAAAAAAUUAUUUUUUGUGUUUUUUGGUGACCAUUUGAUCAGAAAAACCCCGACUAAAAAAAUCAAAUUUCAAAAAAUGUCUAAUUUUUUGAUAAAAAGUUUCACAAACACGUAAUCGACCAUUCUGAACAACUUCCACGACUCAAAAGUUCAUGAAAUAGAUUCAAAAUCGAGUUACAGAUGCUCUAAAAAUCAAAAAAUGGUGUAAAAAUCGACCUAAAAUUCAUUUUUUCUCGAGAAUAAGGCAUUUUUCUCCUUAUUCCCGCUAGGGGUUUUCUUACCCACGGGAACCCUCAACAUUCCACAUACUCUCGAUUUUUUCCUUGGGGGAACAUUGAAAACCAUUCCUUGUCAGUUCCGAAUUUUACAAAAUUUCUCAAAAUCUCACUUUUUUUCCAGGACGAAAUUCCAAUAGUUCGUAGAGCUCUUCGCGAAUUAGCAAAACGUCAAAAAAUCGGAAAAAUUCAAAUAAUCACAUCAAAAACCGACAGAGAAUGUUGUGAGAAAUUGAUCGAAUCGGCGACGAAAAAUGACAGAAAAUUGGAACACGAAGAAUUGGUUGGAAUUAUUGUGGAAGAUGUGGAAAAAUAUGAGAAGAAGUUCGGAAAACCAUUGAAAGGUUCUAGUUUAUUCGGAAAUUUGCGAAAAAAAAAACUAAAAAUUUUCAGGCGUGUCAAUCCACCAAAUCUCAACAUUCUACACCAAAUGCACCAUCGAUCGAUGA